AAGGCGGCUGCUGCUUGGGGAGGACGCGAGACACUUGGGCUGAGCGCGCAGGCUGAGCUCCUUCUGCAAAGACAGCAAGGUUCUCUGAAAUCCAGGACCCAGCUGGUGCUCUCCAGAAGACGGUUCUGACCCGUUCCCCAUCCCCCACACUUGUCUCAGGUCACCUUACCAUGUGGACUCUGUCCUUUCAGGCCAGGAUUGGAGUUUUAAAAUAAGAUGGAUGAUUUGGCGUUACUUGAUCUUCUGGAGUGUCCUGUGUGUUUUGAAAAGCUCGAUGUCACAGCCAAAGUCCUCCCCUGCCAGCACACCUUUUGUAAACCAUGUCUACAGAGGAUAUUCAAAACACGAAAGGAACUGAGGUGUCCAGAAUGCAGAACCCUGGUCUUCUGCAGUAUUGAAGAGCUUCCAGCCAACUUGCUCUUGGUGCGUCUCCUGGAUGGCGUCCGAUCAGGUCAGAGCAUGGUGAGAGUGGGCUCCUUCAGAAGACCUGGAGUAUUAACCUCUCAGGACUCAAGAAGGAAAAGUAGGACAGAACCCAGAAGCUCACAACCUAGUCCAUACCGACUGAUUCCCAAUGUCCAAAACCACAUGGAUGGGGUGCCAAGAGCAAAAGCCCUAUGCAAUUAUAGAGGGCAGAACCCAAAUGACCUAAGGUUCAACAAGGGAGAUAUCAUCCUCCUUCGAAGACAACUUGAUGAAAAUUGGUACCAGGGAGAGAUCAAUGGCAUCAGUGGAAUUUUCCCCACCAGCUCAGUGGAGGUUAUUAAGCAGCUUCCACAACCUCCCCCACUCUGUCGGGCUCUUUACAACUUUGAUUUGAAAGAUAAGGACAAAAAUGAAAACCAAAACUGUCUGACUUUCCAAAAGGAUGAUGUUAUCACCGUGAUUAGAAGAGUUGAUGAGAAUUGGGCGGAAGGCAAAUUAGGCGAUAAAGUCGGCAUCUUCCCCAUCUUGUUUGUAGAGCCAAACCUCACCGCAAGACAUCUGUUAGAGAAGGGCAAAAGCCAUCGGUCAUCCCAUAUAAAGAGUAUGUCCCUGACAUCCUCUUCUCCUAGAAGCAAAGUGGCAGACUCAACAGCCUUCAAUCAAGCCUUAGAAUCCAGAAGGAAGAACCCAAGACAAUUCUCCAUCAUGACAGCCUUGAACACCCUCAACAGAAUGGUCCAUUCAUCUUCAGGGCAACAAAUGGUAAAAAUUGGCUCCCCUGUGCUUAUUAGCUCCAGCAAUCCUUCUGUGUCAACUCAGAAUUUGGAGAAGAAAGAACUUUCAUCUAACAGCCCUGUCCAGGUCAGCACUUAUUACAACACGCCUGGAUCCCGCUCUGCGGCAAUCGUCAACCUACCCUAUUCCCAGCAACAUAUACCAACUAAUAUGUUUGUUGCUGUGCAUUCUUAUUCAGCCAAAGGACCAGAUGAAUUAGACCUUCAAAAAGGAGAGGGCAUCCGGGUCAUUGGAAAGUACCACGAGGGCUGGCUUAAGGGUGUGUCCCUGGUCACUGGAAGAGUUGGGAUAUUCCCAAAAGACUAUGUUGUUCCCAUUUUCAGGAAGAGCUCUGGAUAUUCAAAUUCCAGGACUCCUCUCUAUACCACGUGGACAUUAUCCACCUCUUCAGUUUCCCCAGGGCUUAAGUCAGACAAUGAUUCCAGACAAGGCCAUCAUUUUAAAUCAGUCCUUGUGCCAACAGCAGUAGUGAACCCUGUGAGAAACUCAAGUGGGUCAGCAGCCUUUGGACAAACUUCUCUACAGAAAGUACGGAGCAGCAUGAGAAAAAAUGGAUCACUUCAGAGAUCAUCUCUGUCUGGAUCCCCAAACUCCAUUGUUGGCUCCCUCCAGAGGACCUCAACAGUUGCAGUUCCAAUCCAUUCAUUUUCAGCUUAUCAAUCAAAAUCUGUCCCUCCGCCACCUCCAACUACCCCUGUGAUUGAGAUUGGUUCAAGGCCUUCUUCAACCAGUGAAUCUACCAUCCUUUUUGGAAACAGAAGCUCCGAUAGCAGGAUCCAUUCAGCUACCAGCUCCAUCAUUUUAGAAACCAAAGAAUCCCCACUCAAGAGCGAACUUUGCAUAAAGCCACCUGCAUCGGCUCCACCAUCCAUCCUAGUGAAACCAGAAAACUCCAAGAAUGGUAGCGAAAAGCAAGUCAAAACAGUGAGAUUUCAGAACUACAGUCCUCCUCCACCCAAACAUCACAGCUUCCAUUCUACCUCUGGCAAACCUGACUCCAUGACCAUCUCUAAAGGAUCCCAGGCAGAAACAGGCCCUUUGUGUCAAGAGAUGACAACCUUAUUUGUCCAUCGAAGUGGAUCCCAUUCAGGACAACAGACAGACCACAGGAGAACACCAAAGUAUUCAAAGCCCAUGCCUCCAAUAAUUGCUGCCUCUGACAUAGCCAUCAUACCCAGCAAGUGAAUCUCUGAUGCGGCUAUUCCAAAAGCCAAAAGAGGUCCUGUUACUUUUUUCUUCCUGGAUAAAUUAAACAAGAAGUUGGAUGCUAAAGAUGUUAUGUUUAUCUGAAAAAUGCUCAAUGGAAAAAUCUGCAAUUGGUGUGAAAUUACUUUUACAUCAGGCAUGCCACAGAUAUACCACUGAGCUGACUUAAUAUGAAAAGCAAUGGAACUGAAAAACAAUCUCUAGUCAUCUACAUUAUUAAUAGGUAAUGAGCCAGCAUGUGAAACCUGAGAUUCAUGUACUGGCAUAGGUUACACAUCUUUGACUUCCCUUCGGAGACAUAAAACCCCAGGUACUUCAUUCAUUCAUGUCUCUUUUCAGUGUGAACUUGAGCAUCUUUCUGAUUUCACUAAUUUGGGCAUUUGAAUGGCAAAUGAAAGGGCUGACUGGACAUCAGA